AUGUCAUCUUCGACUUCCCUCCGCCACCUCCGCCACCUCUCCACCACCACCGCCAAGUCUACCCUCUCCAUCUCAAAAGCCAAGUCCAAGCUCCGAACCGAGUACGACCCGGACAAAGCCCUCCAGAUUUACUCCUCCGUCUCCCAACACUACUCUUCUCCUACCUUGUCUCGCUACGCCCAGGAUCUCACCGUCCGCCGCCUCGCCAAGUCCCACCGCUUCGCCGACAUCGAAUCCUUCAUUGAAUCCCACAAGAAUGACCCCAAAAUCACCCAGGAGCCCUUCCUUUCCACCCUCAUCCGAUCCUACGGCCGCGCCGGUAUGUUCGACCAGGCAUUGAGGACGUUUGAUCAGAUGGACCAGCUCGGUACUCCGAGAACCGCUAUUUCCUUCAACACUCUGUUGUCUGCCUGCAACGAUUCCAAGCAUUUCGACAGAGUCCCCCAGCUGUUCGACGAAAUUCCCAGCAAGCAUGGGGUCUCCCCUGAUAAAGUGUCCUAUGGUAUACUGAUCAAGUCGUAUUGCGCAGCGGAUAAGCCCGACAAGGCAAUGGAGACGCUGAGAUUGAUGGAGGAGAAGGGUAUUGAGAUCACUGCAGUGACGUUCACCACGAUUUUUAAUGCUUUGUACAAGAAGGGCAAUGGUGAAGAGGCGGAGAAGUUGUGGGAUGAGAUGGUGAAGAAGGGCGUUGCGGUUGACGCUGCGGCUUAUAAUGUUAAGAUUAUGUAUGUCCAUGGUGGGAGUGCGGACAAUGUGCAAGCUUUGAUUGAGGAAAUGGCGAAUGCUGGGCUGAAACCAGAUACAAUUAGUUACAAUUACUUGAUGACUUGCUAUUGCAGGAAUGGGAUGAUGGAAGAAGCUUUCAAGGUUUAUGAGGGGUUGGAGGGAAAUGCAUGUAAUCCGAAUGCUGCAACUUUCCGGACUUUGAUAUUUUAUUUGUGUAAGAGUGAGGAUUAUGACAAGGCGUAUGAGGUUUUCAAGAGGAGUGUGGAGGUGCAUAAGAUCCCUGAUUUCAAUACGAUGAAGUAUUUGGUGGAAGGAUUGGUGAAGAAGAAGAAGAUGAAGGAGACAAAGGGAUUGAUACGCACGAUCAAGAAGAAGUUUCCUCCUAAUGUUUUGGUUGCCUGGAAGAAGUUGGAGCAGGGUCUAGGUUUGGCUUCUUCUGAUACUGAUGCUUCUUCGGUCGCGGAUGAGGAGGCUAAAGAGGCUACAACAUAAGUAUUGAUGGGGGUUCUGGUUCGUUGGUCUGAGUUCAA